GUCAACACGCAGUUAGGGAAUUAUACGUGGAAUUUGCAGCGUGCAUGCACCUUCUUCCCUCCACUGCUCACCGUCUAUUCUUCCCUUCUGUUAUUAAUCCCUGCCUCUCUCUUCUCCUUAAGACUCGCUCUCUCUCUCUCUCUCUCUCGUGUUUCUUCUCCCCCCCUCUCUCUCUCUCACCCUUUCACAAUUCCUCACUAGGAAGCUCCUGCGAUCUUUCUUCGAUGGCAUCGGAUAAGGGCCGGGCGCUGCCAAAAUUUGGGGAGUGGGAUGUGAACAACCCGGCAUCCGCAGAAGGAUUUACAGUAAUAUUCAGCAAGGCAAGGGAUGAGAAGAAAUCCGCGGGAACCGCCGUGGGUGCUGGCGGCGGUGCACCACGCAUGGAUAAAUCUAGGCAGCAGCAGCAGCAGCAGACGGAUCUGAAUUAUCAUUACCCAUCUCCGAAAAAAUGGUUUUGCUGUUUCUGAAACCCGAGCACUUACAGAGCCUGGGUUGGUGCAACUUUGAGGUAUCAUACAAUACAAUACAAUACAAUGUUCUUGCAUCCCUGCAAAUGGAAAUGGCAAAGGAAGGAUACGACUUCAGAGCCCACCAUGGUGGUGGUUCAUCAUUCCUUCACUUCUGUUCAAUUUGUUUGUCUGCAUGAUUUGUCUGUUCCAGUGUUCCACCCAUUUUAAGCCACCCCAUUCUCUUCGUUCUUUUUUUUUUUUAUUCAGAUGUAAUAUAAAGGAAAGAUGACGAAUUUCUGUUGAAAGUUGGGAUACUAUUGCAUCCCAUUUCCAUUUC